AUGGCGGCCACCGGUACCAAGCAGCAGCAGCCCACGGCAACACCGGUGGCGACGGUGGUGGACCCCAAGUUCGAGUGGGCGGAGAAGGAGGGCAGCUACGUGCUCCGCCUCACCCUGACGGGAUUCAGGAAGGAAGACUUCCGGGUGCAGGUGGACGGCACCGGGAAGCUCACCGUGCGAGGGGCGACCAGGCCGAGCGCCGGCGGCCCGGGCUCCUCCCUCUACAGGGUCUUCCAGCUGCCCGCAACCGCCAGCCUUGAUGACAUCGCCGGCCGCUUCGAGGCCGGCGUGCUCACGCUCACCGUGCGCAAGCUCGCCUCUUCCGGUGCCGGUGUGGCCAAGGACAAGGAGGACGGUGCGCCGCCGACGUCCACCGAAGAGAUCAGGAGCAAGCCCACGAAGGAGGCUGCCAAGCCGACGCCACCCGCAGAGGUUGGCGGCGCCGAGCCCAAGGAGAGCGUGCUCAGCCGGACGACUCGGCAGGUCGCCGAGCGCGUUCAGCGCAUGGAAGAGGAGGCCAACAGACGCAAGCAAGAGGAAGAGAAGAAGCCAGCACCGGCGGCGAAGAAGGACCAACACCCGAGGCCUAAGGCUCCUCAAGCGGCAACAGCAGCUGCGGCGACACCCGAGAAGCAAGGGUCUGCCAUCGGCAAGAAGGACAAGGCGGCAGUUGACCGGGAGAGCCUGGAGGACAGGGUUAGGUUGUGCGGUGACGGCGAGGAAGUGAGGGCCAAGGCAGCUGCCACGCCGACAGCCAUGGACGCGAAAGCGGAGCACGAGAAGAAGGCGGCGGCGGCGACAUGCACCGCCUGGAAGGAGCGCAUUGUAGGGGAGCUGAAGGGGCUGACAGACAUGAAGUGGGCGGACAACACAUUCGAGAUUGCGAGGAAGAACAAGGAGGUGGUCGCCGUCGGCGUCGCCGCCUUCUCGCUAGGCUUCUUCGUCUCCCAGAGGCUCUUCGGUAAGUGA